AUGCUCAGAUCAACACUAAAAAAGACUGUAUUGAAUAAUGUCAGAGCGGCUUCUUCCUCAAAUGAACCCAUUUCCCAGGACUUUAUUUCCAAUUUACUAGAACGUAUUAAAGUUACCACUUCUCAAAAGGCUGCUGAUAAGACAAAGAGAUUUAAUAACAUCAAAAAUAACGAAAAAAGAUCCAAUGAAAAAAAGGCUAGCACUCAGAAUAGAAACAGAUCCAGAAACAACAACUAUAAUGGGAAUAGCAAUAAUAUUGAUGAAAGAAGGCCCAGAAGAGAUACUUCUAAAGUUUCGCCAAGAGUUACUCCAACUGUUAACACCAAUUUUAUUGCUAAGCAACAACAGGUGGGUAAGAAAAUUAUCAGUGAACUUUCUGACAAAGAUAUUGCUGAAAGUUUAUCUGCUAUGGAUUUAACUGCUGAACAACCAAAACAACAACAAAAACAACAACCAAGAAGAAAUACUAAGUUCUCUUCUCAAUCGCAAAGGGUGAGAACCCCUAGAAGAAACAACAAUGGCCAAAGAAGGGUUUUCAACUCAGACCAAGCCGCAAGAAAACAACAUGCUGCUAAUGUUAACAUUUCCCAGCAUCAAAAUGUUAAUGUUGCUCAGUAUGUUCCAACUGAAGUUACUCCACUCUCCUUAUUAAAAUAUUCUCCUAAUAUUAUUGCCAGCCCUAAAACUGCCUCCGUUCAAUAUGCUUUAAAAAUCGCUGCAGAAAGUGGAUUUCCCAUGAACAAACCAAUAAACUACGGUUUGCAAAUCGAUAAAGACACAAUUAUUAACAAAUCUUUGAUUCCAGAUAGCACCACUUACGGUGAUUAUGAGAGCAAUGCUGGUUUAAGAUUGAUAAAAGAAAGAUAUACCAGAAACAUUGUUAUUGAGCAAAAUAAAGCUGCAUUUGAUGCUAUUGUCAAGGGUAGGUAUUCUCGGCUACAUCCAAACACCAUUGACACUUUUGCUAAGAUCACUAAGAAUGAACAAAAAAGAAAGGAUUUGCUUAAGAAUAGCGAAACUGUCAGGUUAAGUUUAGAAAGGGGAAAUUUAUGUGGUGGUGAUUUAGUGAAAAAAGAAUUGAUUUAUAAAGUUUGUUCUGGUUUAGCACCAAUUGCAGAACUAAAGAAAUAA